CCUCUCUCCUGCUCGCUCGCUCGCUCCCUCACACACCACACGACUGGUGCCUAGUUGGAGUUAGCCCACGACGGAAAAACAACAAUGAAAAUCGCGGCGUGAACCUUGGCUUCGAAUCGGUGUUUUGUGUAAAUGUGUUUCCCUCCAUGCUUUUCAAGUGUUUAACAAGCUGAGAUUUCGUACUUGGAACUACACUUCAAACGGAUUUCUAAACCAAACGACUUGGUACUACUACUACCGAGUUUACUAUCGGAUAGAGCCCAUCUUGGGAACAGAACGCGUUUUAGCGGGGCUGCAGAACUUCUCUCAAGGUCUGCAGACUACAACACACGCACAUGGUCCACAGUUGAUGCCCCCAAAGUUGCUGCCAAGAUGGCCUCCUGUACCUGUGCGUCGUGUAUGGGGCAUCUUUGAGGACGAGUGACUGGUGAGGAUGAGGAUGGUCAGCAGUGGUGCGAGGAGGAAGAGGAGGAUGUCGUCAGUGCUAGGGAGGCUGUCUCAGCUGCUCCCACUGUUUACGCUGCUGCUGUUACUGCUCGGGACCGGGGCCACCGAGGCUAGACCUGCCGUCACUGAAGAAGAGCACCCCGUCGAGGAGCCCAUCCUGCAGCCGGGCCUGCCCACCAAUCAGAGUGCAGCGCUGGGCAGCGAUGUGGAGUUCGAGUGCAAGUUGUACGGUGAUGGGCAGGCAUACAUCAAGUGGCUCAAACGCAUAGAGGUCAACGGCACCGAUGGACAACCCCCCGUCCGCGUGCUCAAACGUUCUGGGCCCAACACCACAGAGAAGGACCUGGAGGUGCUGCAGCUCCGCAACGUGACCAUGGAGGACGCUGGGGAGUACAUGUGUGUGGUGGACACCGCCGCCGGCCAAUUCAGCCACUCCGCCUGGCUAACCGUUUACAAAGAUCCCCUGACGUCAUCUGAAGAUGAUGAGGAUGACGAUGAUGAGUCUUCAUCUGAGGAGACCAAGCUGUCUAGCAGUCAGAAGCUGAUGCCCAUGGCACCUCAGUGGGCUCAGCCUGAUAAGAUGGAGAAGAAGCUUCAUGCCGUUCCGGCCAGCAAGACGGUCAAGUUCCGCUGCCCCGCGAGCGGCAAUCCCAACCCCACCCUCAAGUGGUACAAGAACGGCAAGGAGUUCAAGAGGGACCAGCGCAUUGGCGGAUUCAAGGUGCGGGACCACAUGUGGACCAUCAUCAUGGAGUCGGUGGUGCCCUCGGACAAGGGUAACUACACCUGUGUGGUGGAGAACGACUACGGCAGCAUCAACCACACCUACCAGCUCGACGUCGUAGAGCGGUCCCCCCACAGGCCCAUUCUCCAGGCGGGCCUCCCCGCCAACCGCUCAGCGGUGGUGGGCACGGACGUGGAGUUUGUGUGCAAGGUCUUCAGCGACCCCCAGCCCCACAUCCAGUGGCUCAAGCACAUCGAGAUCAACGGCAGCCGCUAUGGAGACAACGGCCUGCCAUUCGUCCGCGUGCUGAAGAGCGCUGGCGUUAACACCACCGACAAGGAAAUGGAGGUUCUGCAGAUAAAGAAUGUGUCUUUUGAGGACGCAGGGCAGUACACCUGCUUGGCGGGGAACUCAAUCGGCCACUCGCACCACUCUGCAUGGUUGACGGUCUAUGAAGCGGUGCCCACCUCCACGGCCCCCAGCCAGACCUACCUGGAGGUGCUGAUCUACUGCGUGGGCUUCUUCCUCAUCUGCGUCAUGGUGGCCAUCGCAGUCAUCGCGCGCAUGCACAGCUCCUCCAAGAAGAGCCACUUCAACAGCCAGCUGGCCGUGCACAAGCUGGCCAAGAGCAUCCCACUACGCAGACAGGUGUCUGUGGACUCCAGCGCCUCGCUCCACUCGGGGGCCAUGCUGGUCCACCCGGGCCGCCUCUCCUCAUCCGGCUCCCCCAUGCUGUCCGGCGUCUCAGAGUACGAGCUGCCACAGGACCCACGCUGGGAGCUGGCCCGCGACAGGCUGGUUAUGGGGAAGCCUCUGGGAGAAGGCUGCUUUGGGCAGGUGGUGAUGGGUGAAGUCAUCGGAAUGGACAAGGACAAGCCCAACCGCGUCAGCAAGGUGGCCGUCAAGAUGCUCAAGUCUGACGCCACAGAAAAGGACCUGUCAGACCUGAUCUCAGAGAUGGAGAUGAUGAAGAUUAUCGGCAAACACAAGAACAUCAUCAACCUCCUCGGGGCCUGCACACAAGAUGGUCCGCUGUACGUGAUCGUGGAGUUUGCGUCCAAGGGCAACCUGAGAGAGUACCUGCGAGCGCGGCGCCCCCCGGGGCUGGAGUACUGCUACAACCCCGACCAGGUGCCCGUGGAGAACAUGUUCAUCAAGGACCUGGUGUCCUGCGCAUACCAGGUGGCCAGGGGGAUGGAGUAUCUUGCAUCUAAAAAGUGUAUACACAGAGACCUGGCUGCCCGGAAUGUUCUGGUAACCGAGGACAAUGUGAUGAAGAUUGCAGAUUUUGGAUUGGCACGAGAUAUCCACCACAUUGAUUAUUACAAGAAGACCACCAACGGUCGUCUGCCGGUGAAGUGGAUGGCCCCGGAAGCUCUGUUUGACAGGAUAUACACGCACCAGAGCGAUGUGUGGUCUUUUGGGGUGCUGCUGUGGGAGAUCUUCACGCUGGGAGGGUCCCCCUAUCCCGGGGUCCCCGUGGAAGAGCUCUUCAAACUUCUAAAAGAAGGCCAUCGCAUGGACAAGCCCUCCACCUGCACUCACGAACUGUACAUGAUGAUGAGGGACUGCUGGCACGCUGUUCCCUCCCAGAGGCCCACCUUCAAACAGCUGGUGGAGGACCUGGACCGCAUGCUCUCCGUGACCUCCAACCAGGAGUACCUGGACCUGUCGGUCUCUCUGGACCAGUACUCCCCCAGCUACCCCGACACGCGCAGCUCUACCUGCUCCUCAGGCGAGGACUCGGUCUUCUCGCACGACGCCGGCGCCGAGGAGCCCUGCCUGCCCAAGUUCCCCCCGCACCCCAGCCGGCUCGCCUUCAAGAAGCGCUGAGGCCUACACACGAACACACACACACACACGUACGCACACACAUGCACACACAUAGCAUAAACACACAUGCACAUAAAUACAGUAGUGUACACGCACACACUUACAUAUGCAGGUAUAUGUAGUGUAUACACACACACACAUACGUACAUAAGCCGCACCCCAGCUGAGGCGCCUUCAAGAAACGCUGAGGACACGCAUGCAUACUGUACACACACACACACACACACACACACACACACACACACACACACACACACACACACACACACACACACACACACACACACACACACACACACACACACACACACACACACACACACACACAUACACACACAUACACACACACCUUUCAUACCUUGAUACAGAUGGCAAAUAAUUAACAGCAACCAUGCACCACUCAUUCACUACAGAUGUCCAUCCAUACACACCACAGAUACAGUACACACACAAAAACACACUCUUUUUAAUCUACACACACACACACACACACACACACACACACACACACACACACACACACACACACACACACACACACACACACACACACACACACACACACACACACACACACACUACAGGCACUCAAACAAAUGAUCUCUCUCCUAUGGACCAGCUCCUUUCUGCCCAUGGCCUGAGCCCUGUAGACUUCAGUGAACUCAGGAGAGAUGGCUUCACAAAUCUGUGGUGUCGUGAAGCAGGCAGAUAAGGCAGAACGCUCUGAAAUGAACUGUAGAAGAAGAUAUGAGCUGUGCAGUGCAUAUCGGCCUGACUGCUUCAGUGUUUUAAUACUUUGGCACUCUACAAAGAAACGUGCAGGUUGAAGGGACUCGGACUGGACACAAUCUUUUCCCCCUUUUUCUUUUUUUGCCUUUUUUCUUUACCCCUUUUUUCUUUACCAAGAGCACUGCUGGAGAGAGGAAAGGGGGCGAUUUCUCUCUGACUUUACAUUUGGUCCCCAACCCACCUCCCCGGUCGCCCGGAACAUUCCGCAGGCUUGAGGCUAACGAGAACGUGCUGGCUAACAGUGUGUGUAGGCUAGCAACGGAACGCCAUUGACUAGCAACGGAACACCACUGACUAGCAACGGAACUGACGUUGACUUUUAAUGGAAAAUGUGGACCAGCAGCAGUGAAAAGCGGUGGUGAAGGACUUGGGCCAUUCAUUCUCUCGUGCCCUGUGUGUGUGUGUGGGUGGAUGUGUGCAUCGCUGAUGGAUGAGGGACUUUUUCUGACCAAACGUUAUGGCUGUGUAGUGUUGGCUUGCGGGUCAAAUGGAGCUAGAAAGAUGAUUUCAUUUGUAAAUACAGCUAGAAAUAUAUAAAUAUGAAUAUAUAUUUACAGUGUACUCAUAUUUCUAUUACUUCAUUUGAUUUUUGGUUUAAACGACAAUGUUGUGUUUCUCAAAAAAAAAAGAAAAGUUCUCAUAAGGGGGGAGGGUAUUUUUUUCACAUGAAAUUGCUUUGUAUUGUAUGAACUCUGACUUGGCCAGUUGUGUUUUUUUAUUGUGCUUGUCGUUUCUGUCCCUUUUUUGCCUUUGCUCUUCCAUAUACCUGAUGGCGUCCAUUUUGCCAACAGGACCAAUGGUUAUGGUACGACAGUGUGAGAAGACCAAAGCUGGGGUGCGUUUCUCAACAACAACGUUGCUAACUAAGUUAGCAACUUACUUGGUUGCAAUGCAAUUUCCCAUUGGAAACCUUGUAAGUUCCGAACUGGUUAGCAACAAUGCUUUCGAGAAACGGGGCCCUGUUUUCUGCCCGAAAGGGCACAGUAUCCUGGUAUCACGUUGUCAUUUGUCACGAUGCGUUUGUUAUUGUCAUUGUUAGUUAUAUGUUUCUUAAGUGCCCUAUGAACACAUGGUCACGUUGUUAAGCUACAUCAUAAUGUCUUAAUACCCUUACAGUGCUGGGCUGGGCCUUUGAAAACCCAAUGCACUCUUAACAGUCUUUGCCUGCCAUAUUAGGUUUGACUGUAUUUUGUUUGUGUGAGUGAGAGUGUGAGUGCGAGUCUCUAUGUGAAUGUGAGUGAGUUUGAAAGUGAGUAUGUUUGUAUGUGUGUGUGAGCGAGAGUUUGAACGUGGAAGUGCGUGUGUGCGUGCGUGUGUGUGUGUGUCUGUAAAGAAGGAUGCCAUGCAUUUGACGUGGUUGUCCAGCAAAGAUACCAAGAAUGCUUGUCACCAUAAAAGGAUUACAUUAAAUAAAAUGCGCCUGAAAACAA